GGAAUUAAGCCAUUAGAUGCUGCCUUGGAUCACAACAGUGGCUGUUGGGGUGGAGGGCAGGCCUGUCAUCUACUUCUGGGCGCAGGCAUAGUGGAGCUGUGUCUGUUUCCUCUUUUCUUCCUCCCAGGUCAGGGCAGUGGCAGUUGGGAUGCAGGGAGGGCCUUUCAUUUGCUUCUGGGCUGAGCAUGAUGGAGUUGCACUUGCUUCUUCUCCCCUCCCUCCAAGGCCAGGACAGGGACAGUUGAGAUGGUGAGAAGGAGGAUAAGAGGGCAGAGACUUUCACAUAAGGAUACUUUUACCAUUGGAUCUUCAGCUGAAAAAUGCUAGGAUCCAGUGUAGCUGGCAUAUGAAGAAGUUGUUACAUGGCUAUCAACAGAUUCUAAAGCAGAGGUUGCAGCACUCCUCGGAUCUUGUCAGUUUCAUGGUGGAGUUGAAGACUGUUUUGGAAUUGGCUUUGAAGAAUACACAGGAACUGCACACAGCACCACCUCCACAGUAUUACUCUGCCCUCAUUGGAGACAUAGAAACAUUGGGCUGGGAUAAAGUUGUGUUUGUGGAUCCUGCUUUUAACAUCAUAAAAUUAAAAGCAGAAGAUUCGUGUGGUCGGGAUCAUCUGAUCACCUUGAAAUUAAAUCCAAAGUAUCCUGCAGAACCACCAGAUUGUCUUGUGGAUUUACCAAUUCAAUUCUGUGUUUCUUGGAUUCCACAGAGCUCCUUAUUAAGCAUUCAUAGUCAAUUCUUGGCAGCAUUAGAAUCACUGAAGGAGUUUUGGAAUGCUCUAGAUGAAAUUGAUGAGAAGACCUGGGUACUUGAGCCAGAAAAACCCACACGGAACGCCACAAUGCGAAGGAUUGCAAUCGGAAACAAUAUUUCAAUCAAUAUUGAGGUAGAUCCCAGACAUCCCACCAUGCUUCCUGAGUGUUAUUUUCUUGGAGCAGACCAUGUGGUAAAUCCCUUGAAAAUCAAGCUGAACAGCAAUGUACACUUGUGGGAUCCAGAAGUCAGUUUAUUACAAAAUUUGAAAGAAGUCUUAGAAAUUGAUUUUCCAUCUCGGGAAGCUCUAGAAAAAUCUGAAUUUUCCAUGGACUGUGGGAUCUGCUAUGCUUACCGUCUUGAUGGAGCUAUUCCAGACCAAGUCUGUGAUGAUUCCCGCUGUGGCCAGUCUUUCCAUCAAGCUUGUUUAUAUGAGUGGCUACGUGGGCUCCCAUCUAGUCGACAAAGUUUUAAUGUUAUAUUUGGAGAAUGUCCCUAUUGCAAUAAGCAAAUCACACUGAAAAUGUCUAUGAAAAAAACCUGAAUGGAAUUUCAAUGGAAUCUAUCCUAACAUAUGUCUAAAGUCUAGAAAUAAGCAUUAAUGGAAAUAUCAAAGAAAACAUAGAGAAAGCAAAAUUAACAAGAG